UUUCAUUUCGAGAUUGUGUCUUCAGUGUUUGAACGCAUCACAUCGCUGUCAAACCUCAACUCUUUCACCGAGUUUGUGCACCUUUGGGACCAAGCCGUCAGGUGCGCAAGGGAGAAAACGGAGAAGGAGGAAAAGAAGGCCAAAUAUAGAGGUGAGCCAUGUCCUCCUCAGCCUGCCAGUGGACUUUUCUGCGCCCAUUUGUCAUCAGCAGCCUGUUGGUGUUGGGCUUUGUAGUUCUUUUCUGCACAUACUACGAGCCUGACAUCAAGUUCCCCACUUUUGAUACUUACAUGGAGAGAGGCAGUCAUUCCUGCCCUAAAGCUGUGUGUGCAGAGGGACCACAGAUCCAGAACUCAAACUGCUCCACAGAGCUGCACAUUAAUCCAGAUCACAACGACAACCAGAAGGUCCAGACUGCAGCAGUGGACACUGAGCCUGAUACUAUUUUAUUGAUAUGGAUGUGGCCAUUUGGCCAUAAAUUUAAUCUCAGCUGCCGUACUUUUAAUAUCGAAAAAUGCCAUCUGACAGAUGACAAGUCUCUGUACCACAAAGCCCACGGGGUUAUCUUCCACCACAGGAACAUUCGACGAAAAAAUUUACCAACAGAGCCGCGUCCCUGGUUUCAGAAAUGGGUGUGGUUUAAUAUGGAGUCACCUACAAACUCAGCUCCAAUCUCUGAUCUUAAUCACUCGUUCAACUUGACAUGCAAUUAUCGGCCUGAUUCAAAUAUUCCUGUGCCGCAUGGGCAUCUGGUGCCAGUGACACCUGAAGAUGAGAGUUUCAAAUUGCCAGCAAAGAAAAAGCUGGUCUGCUGGAUUGUGAGCCACUGGAACCAGCGCCUUAAGAGAGUUCAGUUCUACAACGAAAUGAAAAAUCAUGUCAAGAUUCAUACUUAUGGAAAGGCAUUUGGCCAACGUAUAAGUGAUGAAGACUAUUUAAAGAUAGUUUCUAGUUGUAAAUUCUAUCUCUCCUUUGAAAACUCCAUAUACAAAGACUAUAUCACAGAGAAGUUAUACAGACCUAUGAGUUUAGGAACUGUACCAGUAGUUCUGGGCCCUCCAAGACAAAAUUAUGAGGACUAUGUCCCAGGAGAUUCUUUCAUUCAUGUCAAUGACUUUUCUACUCCAAAGGAGCUGGCAGAGAGGCUCAUUUACCUUGACCAAAACAAUUCGGAGUACAUGAGAUACUUUAACUGGAGAAGAAGGUUUAAAUCAAAAGUGUAUGAGAUUGGCAGAGAACCAGCUUGCAAAACUUGUGCUUACUUACAAAACCACAGAGGAUACCAAGUUUUUCAUGAUCUCAACAAAUGGUACUGGGGUUAACAUAGAAUAUUGCCAAGUUACAUUUCAGACUGGGAUAGUGUCUUUUGAUUUGCUGAAGGGGUCAUAAUGCGGUCAACUGUGAUAUUUCUAAGAAGCUACCCAAAGUCUGCAGUGAUGGUACCCUUGGAUUCUGUGGUUGUGCAUGUAGUUUUACAGGUCAGCAGCUGCUUCAUACUUCAUACAUUGUACAUUAUAACUUUUAUGCUAUGCUUAUUUUGGGACGACUCUGCAUUUUGUCAGGGACACUGAGGAAUGUUGUCCUCUGUGAUCUGUAGCAAGGUUAUUACAGGUAUCACUGUAUUGCUCUUUGUAACAUAAUUAUAUUGUUUUAAUUUCUUUGUAAAUGUGCAAUUUGUGUGAAAUUCUACAGAAUUUUUGGAGGUAUAUUUUAUGGUAAUGUUUCUUAUAGUUCUUUGUGACAAUAUAUUUUUUUUAUGUAUUUUUUCUCUUAUACAGUCCCUUGUAUAAUAUAUCUGUGUGUGUGUGUGUGUGUGUGUGUGUAUAGUCAGUUUUUAUUUUGUAUU